AUGUGGUCAAUACCGAGCUGCUUGAGCCUCGCGCUCGUUGUGAGCCAAGUACAAGCACUCUACUUCUACCUCGACGGACCGACACAAAAGUGCUUCUUCGAGGUGCUGCCAAAGGACACGUUGGUAGUUGGUAUGUCGAAACAAUCCGUCGCAUUGGCAAGGCACUGCACUCCGAUACUGAUGAGCUGGAUCAGGACACUUCAAAGCGACGCAAUGGAACGAACAGGCACGGUCCUACCAACCCAAUCCUGACAUGGUACCUUCAAUCCUCCUCCUUACCCCCAAUGCCAUCCCUAACAUAGCUACCUUCAGGGCGUCUUCAUAACCGUCGACGAAGUCUUCGACUUCGUCAAAGAUCACCGCGUCGUCUCUCAGCGCGGUGCCGCUGAAGGCAAAUUCACCUUCACAGCCGCCGAUUCCGGCGAACAUCGCCUCUGCUUCACACCCACCAACGUUGGCGCAACCCACGGCUUCCUCUUCAGCGGCUACGCAGUCGGCGGAAUCAAAUUCGAACUCGACAUGGCGAUCGGCGAGACUACCCAGAUCGAAAGCGCGGAUAAGAGCAAGAUCGACUCGGUAGUACAGAAGGUCAGGGACCUGAACGCGAGAUUGCAAGAUGUCAGGCGGGAGCAGGUUUUCCAGCGGGAGCGAGAAGCAGAGUUCAGAGACCAGAGCGAGAGUGUCAAUGCGAGAGUGGCUCGGUGGGCGCUGCUUCAGUGCGUUGUGCUGGGCUUGACUUGCGCUUGGCAGUUGACCUAUCUGAGGGCGUUCUUUAUCAAGCAGAAGCUCACAUAG